AUGGAGGAAGCGAUUCGAGUUUGUAUACGGCAACGGCCGUUGUUUCAAAAAGAAAUUGAUGCUGGCCAUGUGAGGGCGUGGAAGCUCCAAAACAAUGGAACCUUAACUCUGGAUAUGCCGCAACCCUCUGGAGUCAAUAUUAAGCGGGCGUAUGCGUUUGAUAUGUGUUUCGAUGAAUCAUGUGGGAAUGAAAUUGUGUAUGAUAAAACUGCAAGAGACAUCGUCAAAGACACUUCAGUUGGUAUAAAUGGUUGUUAUAUGGCAUAUGGACAGACUGGCUGCGGCAAGACACACAGCAUUAUGGGAACAUCAAGCGAUCCUGGGAUUCUUCCUCGUUCUGUAGCGGAUCUUUUCGACAUAAUGGAAGAUGGGACUGAAAACCCAGAGUGAGUUGACUUCUCUAAUAUUUGUCAUCUACAACAAUUAUAUGAUGGAUACUUUUCAGGGCUGAAGAAAUUUUAUCUUCUUCGAGUUUCCUAUGUCGAGAUUUAUCUAGAACGAGUGAACGAUUUGUUUCAAGAUGGACCCCAAAGGGGAGACUCACCAUUAGAGAAUCUCGAUGUGAAAGAAGAUCCAAAAGGAGGAUUUUAUGUUGUUGGAUUAGCUGAGAAGGAUGUUGCGUCGGUGAAGGACGUGAUGGAAUUGCUUCAAAGCCGGAGUCACACAGUCUUCGGGACUAGCAUGGAAUGUUCCCAAACGUAUGCAGAUGGGAGUGUUAUUACAAAGCGAGGGGAGCUCAAGCUGGUCGAUCUCGCGGGGAAUGAAAGGGCAACGGCUUCUGAAGGCGUGGAAGGGGCGAAAGAACGCCAAGCUGAGGGGCAAGCGAUCAAUAAAUCGCUUUUUCUUUUAUCUGAAGUAAUUGCAAAACUUUCCAAAAAAGCAGAGGCAAUGAAGAAGGGUGGCGGUGCUGCACUUGAUAAAGCGAAAAAAGAAAUGAUGCAUAUUCCGUGGAGGGACUCGAAAUUGACCCGCUUGUUGCAAAAAUCACUGGGAGGAAAUAGUCGUGCUUCAUUGCUCGUCGCUGUGCACCCUUCGACGCAAGCUUUGGAAAUUUCAAUGUCAACAUUGAGAUUUGCAUUGAAGGCGAAACAAAUCAAGAAGAAAAUCGCUCAAAACUUUGUGUCUGCUGAACAGUCGCUAAUAAUGCAGCAAAAAGAACAAAUCCGAAUACUACAAGCUCAACUGCAAGCCAUCCAGGAAAUGACAGGAGUUCAAAUAGCACCAGAAAUCCAAGCACAGAUUUCCGGCACUCCCCAAGGGAGAGUCAAAGUUGUUGAGAAACCAGCUUCGAAUGCUGCAAUCGAUAAGUUGAAAAAUAGAAUAAAUUCGGAAAUCGAAGUGAAGCAAAAACGUGACUUCGGAGAAAGCCUCGAUUUCCAGCGCUUCGACACCGUAAGGCUUGAAGAUUUAGUUGCAGAAGAAGAAAUUCAAAGUCGAGAAUUGGAAAAAACUCGAAAGUAA